AUGACAGGGACGGGCGUGACGCUGACGACCGGAGACGGCGCGACCAGGAUGACCGCGACGACGACCGGAGGCGGCGCGACGCGGACGACCAGAACAGGCGCGGCGGGCGCGACCGCGACGACCGGGACCGGCGAGACCACGAGGACGACAGGGACCGACGUGACCGACCGGCGCGACCGCGACGACCACGGCGGCGGGCGGGACCGUCGCGACCGCGACGACGACAGGGACCGGCGAGACCGCCGGGACGACGAGCGCGGCGGCCGCGACAGGCGGGACCGCGACGACGACAAUGGCGGCCGCGAGCGCCGGGACCGCGACGACGACCGCUACGGCGGCCGGGAGCGGCGGGACCGCGACGACGACAGGGACCGGCGAGACCGACGGGACCCAUGGGACCGCGAUGACGACAGGAGCGGGAGGGACAAAAAGGGCGGCUUCGACGACGAUUUCUUCCCUGGCGGCGCGCCGCCCAAGAGCUCGCCCCCGGCUGGGAGCGGCGGCCUGAGCUUCGACCCGGAGAGCCGCGGCCCGCGCCGGCCGCGCCCCCGCCCGCCGCCCCGGGCGGGGGCGGGCUGUUGGACUUGA